AUGGCUACAAGCCCGGUGAAAAGACGUCUGGCCUCGAGCGAGAACGACGAGAGCCACCGACAGCAGCGGAGGAAAUUCGUCGCCUAUCUUGACCAACUGCUGGCCGAGAACCAGCGCCUGAAAGAGCAGUCCCGUACCUCGGCGCCGGUGGCCGAAGCCAACGACUCGACGCAGGAACGAGGCCCAUCCCGCCCCGCCGAUGCCCCAGACGCAACAAGCAUCCAGAACCCGCUCAUCGACGACCGCGCCUGGUUCCACCGCUACGACCCGUCCUCGCCGCCGAUAUACGUCGGCGAGGCCGCCUGCUCGGCUUUCGCGACGCGCUUCCGCCGCUUCCUGACCGGCAACAGCGCCACGGCGCACAUCACGCGCACGCAGUGGGAGCGCGAGGAGACCAUCGCCGAGGCCAACGAUGCCGACGUCCAGUGGCCCAGUCUGCAUCAUGCCCGGCUACUGGUGCGGGUUGCCAUCCAUCAGAUCGGCCAUCUGUACCACCUGAUGAUGCGCAAGUCGACUCUCGAUAAGCUCGACGAGAUCUACAAAACCGCCGACUUUGACUGCACUGUCAACAAGUGCAAGUUCUUUGCGCUGUUUGCUUUUGGGCAGGUGUAUUCGAUUCGCUCGGAGCCUUCUUCUGGGUCGAGGGUGCCCGGGACAUCGUACUUUGCGCGCGCUAUGAGUUUGGUUCAGAUCUUGCCGGAACGGACGAGUGUGACGCAUUUGGAGACACUGCUCUUGCUGUCUCUCUUCUCUUACUAUCUCAACCGGCGCCACUCGGCAUAUAUCCUCAUUGGAAAUGCCAUGCGCAUGGGCUUGACCAUUGGCCUGAACCACAAUAUCUCAGAAUCGCAGCUCAUCGACCCCGUAGAGCGCCAGCACCGGAUCGAGAUCUGGUGGACCAUCUAUAUUUUCGACCGCAUGUGGGGAUCCAAGAUGGGGCUGCCGAUGCAGAUCCUGGACGAUGACAUCCACGUCGACAUGCCAUCGGCCGUGUCUCCGCGCUGGCGGCACGACGAGGAACUAUCCGACACGGACUAUAUGACGGCCAACAUCAAGCUGGCGCGAAUCGUCGGCGAGACCAUCACGAAGCUGUACAGCCGGCGCAAAUACCGCGAGACAUUCCUGCAGCGCGUGCAGAAACUGCUCAAGGCCCUCAAGAACUGGGUGGAAACCCUACCGGAGAGUUUGCGUCUGAACAUGGACGAUCUGGAGUCCAGCAAGAAGCCGGUUGUCUCGUUGCAUAUGGCUUUCAACCAAUGCGUCAUCCUCACCACUCGUCCUACCCUCCUCCACCUCCUCAUGACCCUCGCUCAAUCCUCUUCCACUGCUUCUACCUCGGCUGGUCGCGACGCCGUCUCCCAGCCCGUCCUCACCCUCAGCGAGGCCUGCAUCCACGCCGCGCGUCACUCCCACUCCAUGAUCCUCACUCGCUGGAUCAACGGCUCUAUGCCCACCUUCGGCUACUUCCACGCCCACUACCUGUUCUCCUCCGCCCUGAUCCUGGCCAUGUCCAGCUUCGUGCCCAUCGGCAAUCCCGCCGAUAUGACCAGCUUCGACUCCGCACUGGAUCUGCUGCGCGCCAUGACCGAGAACGGCAACCUCGCCGCUGCAGAGUUCUACCAUAAUCUAGCUCAGGUGAAGAUAUGCCUCGAUGCGUACCGCGAAUCCCGCCGUCCGCGCCGCGCCGAUGCGGCUGCCUCGUCCGACCCGAUCAUCAACACCACUACUGCUACCCAUCCUUCGUCGUCGACGGUUACCGCUCCUGGUUUCUCGGGACUUCCAUCUACACUGCCUACAGCGUCAGCUGCUGCUGCCGCUGCUUCCUCAUCUGUGGCUAUCGCAGCAGCAGGUGAGGGUGCAUCGCACACCAGCAACCCCGCUGCCAUGUUGACUCCAUCAGAGAAUGAUUUGCUGUCUGGUCCGCCUGUGCACGGCCCCGAUCCAUACAAUCUCCCCAUCCGGGAUACUGUCAGCGGGUACACGACGGAAAUGGCGUUCCUGGAACCCACCAUGCAGGACUUUCUGGCGCAGUCCGAUAUCGACUUGGGGCUGUUGCAUCCGGUCGAUACGUUUCUCAGCGAGGCCGAGAACCUGUAUACGUGCCAUGAGCUGUGA